ACGAAAUAUGUCCAUUUGUCAAAAUUUAACGGUUGAACCUGAUACCAUUACAAAAUCUGGCGCUUCUAAAUUUCAGUGUAAAAAACUAUUCAAAGUGGCACCAAAGGAAGGAAGGUAUAAAAUAUGGGAAGUAAAAUGUCUCAAAGAUGGCCAGAAGGCUUUUCUCAAAAAUUUAGACUUCAAAGGAGCUAUUAGUAUUUGUUGUGAAAAUAACAACAUAAUGGAGUUUCUGGUGGAAGGAUCGCGUAGCAUUCUUGUGGAAAAGCUUUUGCGUGAGAGAGAGAUCGCAUUCGAGAUCAUAGGCUUCGAAAAUACGCCGGGACGCUCAUCUAGUCCUAGAGCGCGUUCUGGCUUUACUAGCACUAUAAAAUCUACUUGGAGAAAGGAGCGCCUCAUUUUAGACUGGAAGGAUUUCUAUCCAUUAAAUAUUAUAUACCAAUGGAUGGAUGAACUGGAGAGGUUAUAUCCUGCAACAUGUACAGUAUGCUCCAUUGGAAGAACGGUUGAGGGUCGACAGAUAAAGAUGUUAAAAAUAUCAAAUAGCGACGCCGCCAACACCGGUGUUUGGCUAGACGGAUGCAUACAUGCGCGUGAGUGGAUCAGCGGCUCAGUCGUAACGUAUAUCGCGGACCAUUUAGUGCGAAACUUCAGCACACUUCCACAGAACAUUACCAAUAAAGACUGGUAUUUAGUCCCAAUCGCAAACCCUGAUGGUUACCAACAUACACACACUUUAGAUCGUUUAUGGCGCAAAAGCAGAGCACGUUUUGGUAAUUCAAUAGUUGGCGUGGACUUGAAUAGAAAUUUUGGGUUCGGCUGGGGCCACAAUGGAAGUGAGGGUUCUUCAGUAGGGGAUCCCAACCAUCAGAAUUACCGGGGUACUGAACCAUUUUCAGAACCCGAAUCGUCGGCUAUAAAGGACUUAAUCUUAUAUUCAGGAACUCCCUUUAAGAUAUUUGUUACGUUUCAUUCGUGUAGCGAGUUGAUCUCGUUUCCUUGGUGUUAUACUUCAGACCCUUGCCCUGAUUACGUAAAUUUAUUGGAAGGGGGCGCAACGAUAGCUAAAGCAAUGUUUGAAACCACUGGUCGCAUGUACAAAGUCGGUAACUUUAAGGAUAUUAUGUAUUAUGCGCCAGGAACCAGUAUCGAUUGGAGCUACGGAAUAGCUCGCAUACCAUUCUCAUAUCUCAUAGAAUUGAGGAGUCGAGAACACCGCUUUGUUCUUCCCAAAGAUGAGAUAAUAGAAUGUUGCCGUGAAGCCUUAGCUGGUAUCUUUUCACUCUGUGAGUUUGCUGACACAAGAAAAUGUUUGAACUGUACAGUUUUAACCAAUAAAAAUCGAUGACAUGUUCAUUUCAGUGUUUACUUCUACAAGAUUGUAAAACAAACGAUACAUAGAAAAAUACUUGUAAAUUAAAUUAAGAAACGUAACGAUAAUCGCUGUAUUCUUGCUAGAUUCCGUUAAAUCCAUCGAAAGUCACU